CAAGCCCACGCAUCAUCACUCGCGCGCGGGGCCGUCCGACCGGGCUCUCCUCCCUCGUUUUACCCGCACCCGCCGCAACGCCGAGAAGACGCGAGAGGGAGGGAGGAGGUGAGCCACCGGAAGCGGAGACGUGAGCAGUCGACCAACCCCGUCGAUCCGGCUGCGGCCCGGCGUGCUAGAUCGCUACCGAUCAUGGUGGUGGAGGAGAUCGCCGAGGGGGUGAAGAACCUCACCGUUACCGGAGACGCGGCGGCUUCAGGCGGAGAGGGGCAGAGGAGGGGCGGCGGCGGCAGCAGCAACCGCAUCCAGGUGUCCAACACCAAGAAACCCCUCUUCUUCUACGUCAACCUCGCCAAGAGGUAUAUGCAACAGCACGAAGAUGUAGAGCUAUCCGCUCUUGGAAUGGCCAUAGCAACAGUUGUGACCGUGGCAGAAAUUCUGAAGAACAAUGGAUUUGCUGUUGAAAAGAAAAUUAGGACCUCUACUGUUGAAAUAAACGACGAAUCAAGAGGGCGUCCAUUCCAAAAGGCCAAGAUUGAGAUAAUCUUGGGAAAGAGCGACAAAUUUGAUGAGCUGAUGGCCGCUGCUGCAGAAGAGAGGGGCGAAGUGGAAGAUGGUGAAGAGCAGGCUUGAAAACAGUACCGAUGACAAGCUGCUGCUGCUGUGCUCUGUUAGUGUUGUUUAAUUUAGUUUAAUACCGUGUGCAUGAGAUAUGGCACGCGUUCUUGCUCAACUACAUCACCAUGGCAAUGUCUGCAAAUCCAUGGAUUGAUGGAUGGAUGUUGGUUGUUUCUUAACAUUCUGGACAUGUUGUUCACUUUGGCUAUGUAUGUUUUAGCAGUCCAGCGUUCCCCUUACAAAAUAUGGCGUGCUUUGUUGACUACACAGACCGUAGUUCCUUUCCUG